AUGGCGACUCGUCAUGCCACUCUAGGACAGCCCUUCGCCGAGCGGGCGAAGACGGCUAGCCACCCCCUCACGCGCUACCUCUUCCGGCUUAUGGACCUCAAGGCCUCGAACCUGUGCCUCAGCGCCGACGUGACCACGGCCCGCGAGCUCCUGACGCUCGCCGACAAGGUCGGUCCGUCGAUCGUGGUGCUCAAGACGCACUACGACCUGAUCUCGGGAUGGGACUACAACCCGCAGACCGGCACGGGAGCCAAGCUGGCGGCGCUCGCGAGGAAGCAUGGCUUUCUCAUCUUCGAAGACCGCAAGUUUGUCGACAUCGGCAAGACGGUCCAGAUGCAGUACACGGCGGGCACGGCGCGCAUAGUAGAGUGGGCGCACAUCACCAACGCAAACAUCGACGCGGGCAAGGACAUGGUGCGCGCCAUGGCCGAGGCGGCGGCCAAGUGGAAGGAGCGCAUCCACUACGAGGUCAAGACGUCGGUCACGGUAGGCACGCCCUUGUCGGACCAGUUCGACGACGCGGAGGAGCAGGAGCAGCAGCAACAGCAGCAGCAGCAGCAGCAGCAGCAGCAACAACAACAUCAGGCGCAAGGACAAGAACAGGCACAGACGCGAGAUGACAAAGGUGAGCCCCGCAGGCUCGAGGCCAUGGAGCAGCACCAGAAGAGGGACAGCAGAGACGUUGACGGCCGGAAAGGCAGUAUUGUCUCCAUCACGACGGUGACGCAGUCAUUCGAGCCCGCCGACUCGCCGCGGCUGCCCAAGACCAACGAGCACGGCGACGACGCCGUUUUCCCGGGCAUCGAGGAGGCCCCCGUCGACCGCGGCCUGUUGCUGCUCGCGCAGAUGUCGUCAAAGGGUUGCCUCAUGACCAAGGACUACACGCAGGCCUGCGUAGAGGCCGCCCGCGACCACAAGGGCUUCGUCAUGGGCUUCGUCUCGCAGGAGGCCCUCAACGCCGCGCCCGACGACAACUUCGAUCCACAUGACCCCCGGCUGCAAGCUGCCCGCCGCCGAGCAGCGGAGGAGAACGGUCAGGUCGAGAGCGACGGCUUCGGCCAGCAGUACAACACCCCCAGCAAGCUGGUUGGCGUGUGUGGCACCGACAUUGUCAUUGUGGGCCGCGGCAUCAUCUCGGCGGGGGACCCGCCCUCGGAGCCCGAGCGGUAUCGGAGGAAGGCGUGGAAGGCGUCCCUGGCGCGUCUUGGGUAA